CUCCGCAGAGUCCGCACAGACUGGUUCAACCGCUCAGUUUGGUCUGGUUGUAAACCGAAUUCAACACUUCACUAGUUUCGUCAUCUGUGUCCCUGCCUGGUCUCAGCAAAGGUACUAGUAGCAGGCGAUUCGCGAGUUUUCUGGGCAACUUAAGUCUACCAAGCGUUCGUUCAUGCCCAAUAACCGUGACCGCGAUCAUAUUGAGGAGCUGUUACGAGAUCCUUUUGGUCCAUAUCGCGACGAAGAAGUGCUCAGUGCGGAAUGCCAAAGCAAGCAAGGACAGACCCUGGUACUUAAUUCAUUUCAACUGGCUUACAACGACGAGAUCAUUGGACUCGACGAAUCCGAGCAACCUCUAGGUACCGGAGAGGUAGACGCUCGACAGUACCGCUUUCGUGGAAUUCUUAGCAUACGUUUUCCCUUCUGGCUAUCUCAAGUCGGUGUCAAACGAGUGGAAGCAGAGCUCAACUCGCGUGCGCUCACGCGCAGUAUGCGUGAAGGGCAACGUCCUCUCCCUGCAAUAACGCUCGAAGAACUAUUUCGUUUGAAAAAUAAAUAUCUUGGCCGCACACUCGUACCAGGUGACAACGAGGAGCUCGAGCUCAAGUUGAAAAUACAGGGGUUCAAGAACUUCCCAGCUCUCUACAUGAUGUCUAAGCAAGUUCCACAUGGAUUGUUCUGGAACUCCAAAGACCGUGGCCGCAGCUACGAAGUUGCAACAAUGGACAUAUCCACCUUCCAACGUUCCGAGAACUUCUUCUGGCGCUACCGUCUCCUUGCCCUCAUGACAAAGAUCGUUGGAGAGGCACGAACGCCUGUCGAAAAGCGAACGCCUGAGUGGUUUGUGUCCCAAUACAUCGAACGGUUCGCUCAUCCUGCCAGUGAUGAACACGAGCGACUCAUCUACGACUCUGAUGAUUCCGAUAUCGACGAAGGCAAAACCCGCUUACCCCGUUACCCAAGGCGAGUACACAGGCGCGAUGUUCUAGGGCUAUUUGCUGCCCAGUCGGAAUGGUUCAUUACUGAUAACGAAGUAAAACGCAACCGGAUAUUCCCUUUCAAGUCAUGGAAUCAAUUUAGAAAGGAAGUUAGAAAAGCAAGAUGGAAAGCUGCUCGUAACAACGUCAUCUGGGGCUGGCCAAUUGGUCGUGAGCAUGAUCCGGACCUGGAGUCAGACCCAGACAAUGAUGAGGGGGAGGAAGAGGAAGAGGAAGAUGACGAGGACACAAGAAAUGUGGUGAUGCAGAAUCCCAUUAUUGGCAAGCCAAACGAGGUUGUGCGCCGUAAAAUCGACAAAGCCAAGAACAAAUCAACUCUGUCGUCUGCCCGGCGUGCCGAAUCUAUCUCAUCGUCGUCAUCCUCAGAUGAUCUCGAUCCUGCUAGGGCACAUGCAUAUAUGUCGGACUUCUCUGGGGAAUCAUCUGUUGCUGCUUCUGAUUCUUCGGAUGAAUCAGUGGACGCACGCCUGCCCGAGUUUGGGGAGCUCAUUCCACACCAGUUGUCUCAGGUCCCAGAAUUACCAGGCCCCGAUAACCGCUGGUGGUGUCCUGUGCCUGAUUGCGGGCACAUGAUUGACUUGCAGCAUCUCACAGGAGACGAUAUAAAAGCCCUCCCAGGACCCACCGUCUUUUAUCUUAUGCAGAAGAAAUGGCAGAGUAUUCGAGAAGAUGAGAGAGCUAAACAAUGUUUUUUUGAAACGGUGUCUCAGCAUUACGGGGAUCAUUUUGCAGAUCUUGGCUUAACGUUUGUUCACACUAGGGAAAAGACUGGAAUAGAUCGGAUCAGGGGUAAACUACGUGAGCAGGCAGUGGUCACCGUGAAGGAGGAAGUUACUUAAGAGGCCCCCUGCUUCAGGUCUGGGACCUAUGCUUAUAGACCGUAAUAUAGAUAGCAGCCUGUUAAUAACAUCCCAUGGACGUAUUAUUCACUUAGUAACACUGGCAG